UAUUUAUCCUCUCCCAUCUUUGUGAAUCUAUCAUAUUUUAAGAGGCUUUACAGAAUGCGGUCUUCAAGAAGUGUCCUGACCCGAAUCAGGUGCACAAAGCCCUUAGUGCAAUAUCAAUUUCUGUAUCCAGCACGACACAUAUCGUCGCAAAACAUAACACCCUCCGAACCAUCCGAGAAACCUCCCCGAGCCGUCCUUUCGGAAGAGCAGAGACGCUUCCUUGACAGUGCACUCCGAGUGAACCAGGCCGGGGAGCUAGCCGCAGUAUUGAUCUACAAGGCUCAAACACCACCCGUUGUGAAAGCACAUCCACAACUGCGCCCACUUAUGAAACACAUGUACGAUCAAGAAGCUGGCCAUUUCAAGACUUUCAAUGGACUGCUUGCCAAACACCGAAUCAGGCCUACUGCCAUGUAUCCGGUAUGGCAAGCUGCUGCGACUGUAUUGGGCUGGACAACGGGCAUGAUGGGAAGAGAAGCUGCAAUGGCCUGCACAGAAGCCGUGGAGACAGAGAUCGGAGAUCAUUACAAUGAGCAGGUACGGGAGAUGUUCAAGUGGAUCCAGGAGCUCAAGGCUAGGGGAGAAGAGCUGGACCCGGAGCUGAAAGUCCUGAUUGAUGAUAUCAAGAGAAUACGUGACGAGGAGCUGGAGCAUUUGGAUCAUGCUGUCGAAAAUGAUGCAAAAGAAGCUCAGCCGUACCAACCACUGACCGACGUCAUUCGAUAUGGCUGCAAAGGUGCGAUCUGGAUCACCGAACGUGUAUGAAGAGAUUCCAGUUCUCGCGCCACGCAACACGGCCAAGCCCACC